AUGUCCGAACGCUAUAGCUUCUCGCUCACUACUUUCAGUCCCUCAGGAAAAUUGGUUCAAAUUGAGUACGCCCUGAAGGCAGUGGAAGCCGGGGCACCAUCUGUUGGCAUUCGCGCUACAAAUGGUGUUGUUCUUGCUGUUGAGAAAAAGUUCACUUCAAAGUUGAUUGACGAAACAACAAUUAAGAAGAUCGAACCAAUAACAGCUAGUAUAGGAAUGGUCUACAGCGGAUUGUCUCCCGAUUAUCGUGUGCUCGUCAAACAGGCAAGGAAGUCGGCGCAGGCGUAUCAAAUGGCCUAUGGCGAACAAAUUUCUCCAGAACAGCUAGUUGUACGGACGGCAGCUGUCAUGCAGGAAUACACUCAGUCUGGGUAUGAGGCCCCGCAAUCGAUCAGCAGGUUCCCAAUACUACGCAAUUUCCCGGGUGAGCUGUACGUUCCCGCGGAAUUGAUACCGAUUUACAAAGAAAAACUGCUGCCUUUACCGGAUGUUAUUUUACCCAAUCAGUUUGAGACCGAUGGCGUCCGUCCAUUUGGCGUUUCUCUCCUGAUUGCCGGUUGGGAUUACGAUAACAAACGUGCCUUUUUAUAUCAAUGUGAUCCUUCGGGCACAUACUUCCCGUGGAAAGCGACUGCUUUGGGUCACAAUUCCCAGAAUGGAAAAUCGUUCCUAGAGAAACGAUAUAACAAAGACCUAGAACUGGAUGACGCUGUUCAUGCUGCUAUUCUCACUCUGAAGGAGAGUUUCGAGGGCCAAAUGACUGAGAACAAUAUUGAAAUUGGCAUCUGCAAUGAGCGCGGUUUUCGCGUUCUCACUCCGAGCGAAGUGAAAGACUAUUUGGCAGCGAUACAGUGA